GACGGGUUGAUGAAACCUGUGCAUGAACAACUCUGCAGUCAGUCAACUGACUUGGAACAAACCAUACGGCAAGCUUCUCUUCGGAGGUGGAGGGCCAAAAAACAGCGUGUCGGUGAGUCUUUGUUGGGUCAGUCAUACCCGUCUGCAGUGGACAAACCAAAUUUAAGGUUUCAUGAUGAGGCGGCAAGUUACCAUUGCGUGUUGCAGAAACCGCGGGUCAGUUACGAAGAUCUNAAAAAAAAAAAAAAAAUACAUAUUCACGCAAACUUACGGGAAAAUAGGAACAUGCCCAUUAUUUUCACACUCUGGAAUGAAUUUGCUACGAUCGAAGUUGCAGAGCUAGCAAAAGGUAUCAAUGCAAGAAAUGUGUUCAUUGCAAUGCGGGUUACGGUGACUACAUUUCACGGAAUUUCUCUCUCCACCGUGCAACCAAGCUCAGCAUUCAUAAAUCCACCAGCAACUGAGGCUAAUCAGCUCAAGCAAUGGUAG